AGGAGAGAGAGUGUCAGAGAGAGAGAGAGUCAGAUGAGUUCUACUCCACCCACAUCCAUCCGUUUCCAAUGUGAGGGGGAGGUGAAACAGUUGAGAGCUUAUUGUGCUAUUAACUGGCAUUAUUUAGUUGCCUCAGUCUGGAGAAAAGGCUUGUCAGGACUGCUCCUCAUCAGGUAGGACUACUUCUUUUUACCGGAUAAUUCCACCCAGUUGGAGCAACAAUGACUUCCCAUGUGAAAAUCCGUAGGGAGAAGAUUGGUAUGGUGGACUACGACACACAAAUAAAAGAGGUGCGUUGCCAGCUUGCAGACCAACUGAAGGUGUUGGACUUGCAACUUGAGCAGAAGAGCCAGCAGCUGCAAGACCUGACAGAUUACCUGCGGCGGCGGGGUGAGAUUGAAAGCGAGUAUGCACGCUCCCUCGAAAAGCUUGCUGAAAGGUUUACGUCCAGAAUUAAGAGGAAAGAUCCCAGCAGUCACUCAGUGGCUAAAGUCUGGCUGGCCCUGCUGUCCCAGACCCGGCUGGAAAGUAGGGACCAUAAUGGACUGAGCGAGAGCUGCAGCAACUUCCUCAUCCAACCCCUCACACACUGUCUGGAGUACACGCAACGUCUUGCCAAGAAGAGUAAAGACAUCUGUUCUCAGUUACAAGAUGGUCUACUCAAGGUUACAACAGAGCUGCAGACUGCAUGGCGGACAUACUACCAGUACCACUCAGAGUAUGUGUGUGCUGAGGGGAAGCUGAAGGAGGCAGAGAAACAGGAAGAAAAGCAGAAGCAGAGUGCUGCAAAGAAACUAGAGAGGUUGAUAGAAAAGAGACAAGGAAAGGUUCAAGAGAUACACCUGAAGUGCACAAAGGCCCGAAAUGACUACCUCAUAAACCUGGGUGCCGCCAAUGCCUCCAUGAAUAAGUAUUACCUUCAGGACAUCUCUACUCUUAUCGACUGUGCAGAUGUAGGCUACCACCACUCUUUAGGCCGGGUGAUGCAGGCCUACCUGUCCAGGCGGUGGCGGGCUCAGGAGAAUCUGAGCACGGGGCUGCAGCAGCUUCAGGGGGCCGUGUCCGGACUGGACCAAGGUCACGACAGAGACUCUCAGCUGCAGGACAAUUACAACAGCUUCUCUAUGCCCCUGCGCUUCACCUAUCAGCCUCACGACGGGGACCAGGUUUCUGAGGUCAGUGCAGAGUGUGAGAUGAAAUGCGAGCUGGAGACCAGAUUCAAACAGAUACAGACCAGACUGAAAGCAGUCACAGAGGAAACAGAGGAGGUGAGUAAGAACAUGUCCGCAGCCCAGAGUUCCCUGCUGGAGAGUAUUGGUGAAGAUGAUCUGGAACCCAGUUUGUCUCAGGACGUCAACACUGAAAACCUGAUUGUCAAGCCUAGUGUGGCCCGACGCAGGGCCAACCUGCAGGAAAUGGAAAACCUCUACUUCACUAGAGUUAAGGAGUACCUUGUUGGGAGUUCCCUGGCAUCUAAACUGCAAGCCAAACAUGACUUGCUUAAAGUGGCUGUGGAAAAAGCUGACGCUUCAAAUGAAUAUCAACCCAGACACAACGGGAAGCUAAUGCGCGUCAGGAAGACUCACUCCAGCUCCAAUUUGUUGCACAACCACAAACUGUUCAGCGGAGACAUGCUGUCCUUCCUACAGGCAUCGGGACAACAGAUUCCACUUGUUGUGGAGAGUUGCAUUCGCUUCAUCAACCUAAAUGGUCUCCACCAUGAAGGGAUAUUUAGGGUUCCUGGGUCUCAAAUGGAAGUCAACAACCUAAGGGAUGCUUUUGAGCGAGGAGAGGAGCCCCUAGCUGAGCAGAGCUUUGACCUGGACUCUGUGGCUGGAGUGCUUAAGCUCUACUUCAGAGUUCUGGAGAAUCCACUCUUCCCCAUCGAGAGCACCAACCAACUCCUGGAACAUGCUCAGAUCAAGAACGAGGCAGAGAGAGUGGCUCAGCUCAAAUCAGUCAUCUCUUCCUAUCCUGAGCCGCUCAUCAUUGUCAUGCGAUACCUCUUUGCAUUCCUUCAUCACGUGUCGCAGUACAGUGACGAGAACAUGAUGCAGCCUUACAACCUGGCCGUUUGUUUUGGGCCCAGCCUCUUCAGAGGAGCUCAAGAUGAUGAUGAUGCCGUCACCCUGCAGCCUCAGAUCAACGCCCUGGUGAAGAGCAUCAUCGUCCAGCAUGAAAGCAUCUUCCCCAGCCAGAGUGAGAUACAGGGGCCGGUGUAUGAGAAAUGCAUGUCACUAGAACAGGAGGACUGUGAGCCUCUUCUUGAAGAAGGAGAUGGGGAGGCAGACUGCACUCAUGGCAAAGACGACUCAGAAACAGUAUCGUCAGCUGACCGCAGCACCAGUUUGUCUACAACACCAGCACGGAUGAGAGCAGAACGUCCCAGAGCUAACAGUAGUGGCUCCAUCGACCACAAGAGAUCGACAUGUAAACCAGAAGGGGGCAGCAUCCCUUCAGCUGCAAAGUUGAUGUUACAGAUUCCUGUUGGGCCCCAGUGCAAACGACAGAGGGCCCCCUCUCCUUUCCUGGUGUGCAGAGAUCUCCAGGAACACUCGUCUUCUGAGGAUAUAGGUGUUCAAGUAGACAAGGAGGUCUGUCGCCAGAUGGAUUCAGUCUUCAAGGAGCUCAUCACGCGUCAAGCUCUACAGGAUCCCUCCACCUCUGCCACCUCCUCUCCCUCUGUCCAAGCCCCCCAAAAGAAAGGGAAACGGGAGGUACGCAAGGGAAGAGGAGUAGGCCUAUUCAAAGCAGCCGAUCCAUAAGACUGGCAUCAUGAAAACAGAGACAUGAGACACAGAGAGAGAUGAUACACAUAUGAACUUAAGUGAAGGGUGAUGUGCACUGACAGCAGCUCUCGGCACAUCUAUUUCUAGGGAUCUGACGUCACUUCUGAGGUCUCUGUGAUUGGCUGCAACUCCCAGCAGCCAUCUCAUUCACGUUUUGUUCAGCAGAUCUGAGUCAUGACUGCAGAUCUGCAGCACGAUGUGGGAACUGUGAAGUGCACAGAUAUGUUUGUGGAAAGUUGAUUCUAAAGUAAUUUAUGACUUUAUGACUUAUUUGUGUGGGUGUUUGUUUUCAACUAUUUCCAAUUAAUUAUUUUUCAGUGAUUUUCUUUUCUCAAGUCAAUAAAUACAUAAAAAUUCUUCAUCAAAUGUCCAUUUUUCAAAAAUAAGUUGAAAACUGUGAAAACUGUAACUACAAGAAAUGUAUAUAUAUUAAUUAUUUGUAAUGAUUUAUUGAUUAACAUGUUGACCUGUCUGGAUAUCUGGGCUUCAGGCCAAAUAAAUAUUUUGUCCAUUC